AUGGACUAUAUUGAAAGACGAAUGCCUCAACUUCUACUACAGAAAAUUCCCAUUGCGGGGAAUUCAACUCACCUCAAGCUGGCCGAGGAGAAGAUCCAGCCAACCGAAGAUGCCGGUGUGACACCAUUUGGUAGAUUUCCUGGUGUCACAGGCCGUAAGAUCGUGGUGGAUACAUACGGCGGAUGGGGCACUCAUGCCAGUGGUGGAGGUGCAUUUUCCGGCAAAGAUUUUCGAACGGUUGAUCGCUCUGCCGCGUAUAUGUCGCGAUGGAUCGCCAAAUCAUUUGUUCAUGCGGGUCUUGCGCGGCGCUGUUUGAAGCAGCUUUCAUAUUCAAUUGGAAUUGCUUAA